AUGGCCCCCAAAAGAAUCGCUCACGUGGAGGACGUCGACGAAGCAACCGGCUCUGUCAUUCAGGGCUCCGAUAAAUACGCCCAGUCGAUAGCACUAGGGAGCCCAUCCAAGGAAAAGGCAAACAGCAGCAAGUCCCGCAAUAAGGACAGGAUGGCGAGACCAAUUUCCGCCUCCCCACAACACGGUCAGACCGACUCAGACGAUACUGUACAUCCCGCUGGCCCAGACAAGAGAGAGAGAGAAAAGGCAAGACGUACCGCCGAGCGGGCCGCUGAGGAAGACGAAAAGAAAGCUCGUCGAGCUGAAAGGCACCGCCUCAGGAGGGAGCAAGAAUCAGCCGCACGCCGCGAACAGGAACACGGCGAACAAAACGGCAAGCACGCUCGUCAAGAGCAGCGCGAGCGAUCUGCCCCCAAAAAGUCGGCAAUCCGUCCAACCACAAACCACGUCAAUACGGCGCCCGUCGUCCACACCCAGAAGGCAGCCCAGAAGCAAGAUGAAUACAGAAGACCACGUUUCUCGGAAGACGAGGCCUCGCAGUACGGAAUACAGCCAGCACAGGGUUCGCGUCCCAGAGCUUCAAGUCGUCCUGCAAGCUACUAUGGCCAAGGUUCCCGACCACCCACUUCCAAUAAGCAAUGGCAUGCGUCGAAUAACGCCUCGCCCUUCACCCCGGCCCCGAAUCCAUCGCCUUUUGCACCUGCGAUUCAUGCACCGCCUUCCUCGCAUGCUACGUCGCCCUUUGCUCCCGCUCCUAUGCCAAUUUCCAUACAUCCAUCACCACAUGCGCAGUCUCCGUUCGCGCCCGCACCUGGCACUUCUUAUCCUCCACCACCUGGCGCCUGGGGUCCGGGAAACGUCCCUUACCCUAUGCAGGCGCCGCACCACCCACCCCCACCGCCGUCGACUGAUUACUUCCCUCCCACCCCUGCGGCAAGCAGCCCCAGGCACUCAAACUUGGCUCAACGCUUCCAACAGAGGCCUUCGUCGGCCAUGGGUCACCGGUCCUUGUCGGCGUCUUCCUUCGAGUAUGACAACUACGGCCCUGGCUAUGGCCCUGGCUACGGCCCCGGUCCCACCUACGAGCAAGAGAACAUGAGCAUCGGCAGACGACAGUCUCACAAGAUUCGGGACAGCGACUUGAUGCCGCCACCGCCGCCCCGUUCGCGGACGACUGCCCCUCAACAAGGUUACCGCCCUCCACCUCAGCCUCAACCCCAGCAGCGGCAGAUUAUGUCCCAGGGCUAUGACUCCGACGAUUUUGAUGGCGAGGAAUCCAUGUACCAGGAAAUUGUUCCCCAUGGCUACGACUAUGAUGAUGGUGUUAUUGCUAGGCCUCGCGGUCACCGUAGGGGUUCCAGCACGUACAGCCAUCACGCCUACCAGAUCGAACCUGCUCCUGCUCCUGCGACCACCAAUCGCAGUAGCCGCCGCCAUUCCUACAUGGCUGGCGGUGAAAGCGGUAGCCACUCGCAAUCAAAGUACGAUUCUGCCCAGGCUGCUGCGAUGGCCUACCAGAACGGCGUGAGCGGCGGCGGCGGCGGCGUGCCUUUGACUGCUGCAGCCCUCUCAAAGGCUGCGAAGAAGAGCAAGAGUAGCAGAUCCAGCGGAAGCAGCGAGAGUCGCGACGAGAGCGAGUACCGACGGAGCGCCACCACGCGAACCACCCGGUCUUCCACCGCUGAUGGGGAAGACAUCACUAUUAAAGUCACCGGUCACGCCGUCCUCCGAGUUGGCAACGCCGAGAUCCAGUGUCAAGAUGGUGGUGAAAUCAACAUCAGUCAGGCAGCACGCCUUGGUGGUGGAAGCGAUAGAGCGAGUACUACCUACUCCGGUGACCGUCGCAGCCGCAUGGACCGACUGCCUAUCCGUGAUCGGUCCGAGAGCCAGGCCGACUCGUACAGCCGUAGCCAAGCUGGUGACUUCGAGGGUUUUCCUCGCAUCCCAUUUACCUAA